AGAGUACAUAAAGCAGCGCCACACCUUCUCGGAUUCAGCAGCAGCAGGAGCGGGGGAAGCAAUCACGAAAACAAUCCAAAACCCGCUUCGUGCGCCACACCCGCUAAGGUCGCCGCUUCCCAAAUGGCCGCCGCCGCCGCCGCUUCCUCCUCCUCGUCGUCCUCCUCCGCUUUCCCCUCCUCGUCCUCGCGGCCGUCGAUGGCGCCGCCGCCGCCGCUGUCCACGAAGGCUGGUUCUCCGGCCGAGGAUCGGCGAGGCGGGAGGGCCCCGGUCCCUCCGUACGUGAAGGCGGCGGCGGGGUCGCUCGGCGGCGUGAUGGAGGCGUGCUGCCUGCAGCCGAUCGACGUCAUCAAGACGCGGCUGCAGCUCGACCGCACGGGGGCGUACCGCGGCAUCGCGCACUGCGGCACCACCGUGGUGCGCUCCGAGGGCGUGCGCGCGCUCUGGAAGGGGCUCACGCCCUUCGCCACCCACCUCACGCUCAAGUACGCGCUCCGCCUCGGCUCCAACGCCGUGCUGCAGUCGGCGUUCAAGGACCCUCGCACGGGCAAGGUCUCCGCGCAGGGCCGCCUCGCCUCAGGGUUCGGCGCCGGCGUCCUCGAGGCCCUCCUCAUCGUCACCCCCUUCGAGGUGGUUAAGAUCAGGUUACAGCAACAAAAAGGUCUAAGCCCAGACCUGCUAAGAUACAAGGGGCCAAUACACUGUGCUAGGACGAUUGUUCGUGAGGAGGGCCUUUUCGGUCUGUGGGCAGGAGCAUUACCAACUGUCAUGCGCAAUGGAACAAACCAAGCUGCAAUGUUCACUGCCAAGAACACAUUUGAUAUUGUUCUCUGGAAGAAGCAUGAAGGAGAUGGGAAGGUUCUCCAGCCAUGGCAGUCAAUGGUUUCAGGUUUUCUUGCAGGAACUGCAGGACCAAUUUGCACUGGACCUUUCGAUGUCGUAAAGACUAGACUGAUGGCACAGGGGAGAACUGGUGACAUCAAAUACAAGGGUAUGGUUCACGCGAUACGGACAAUAUACACUGAAGAAGGUCUCCGAGCCCUUUGGAAAGGUUUGCUUCCGAGGCUCAUGAGGAUUCCACCUGGUCAGGCUAUUAUGUGGGCGGUGGCUGAUCAGGUGAUGGGCCUCUAUGAGAGAUCAUAUCUGCAGCCAGUUCAUCUGUAAUCCCCAUACUUCAGUGAUGAUUUCAAACUGUCUGGAUCGCCAUUUUGGAUUGGAGUGUCAAGCCAUCCAAACCGGAAGUAACUGUUGAGUCGUAGGCAUUCAAUUGUUCAUAGCCAAGAGUUGGGUACUGGCGGGAGCAAUGAACCGAUGUAUUCUUAGCAAUCAAUAAUGGUGAAACACCCUACAGGAUUUUGAUACAAGUAUGACGAUGGCUGCAAUGUAGUAUAUGUAGUAAACUGCAAUUGCAUAGACCUGCCUGCGUUUGCGUCUGUGAUCAACUGCUCCUUUUGUAGACAUAUAAUUCUCUACUGCUCAAUUGUACAAAGUUGUGGUUUAUAGCUGGAUCAUGGGCCAGUUAGAA